AUGUUCGAUAUUUUCAUAAAUAAUAAAGGUCAUGAUUUAUACCAUAACGAAAUUUGUCAAUGGCCAGGCUGUGAAACAAAGAUAAAAACGUUUGAUGAAUUUUUACGGCAUUUGAAUACGGAUCAUAAAUUAGAUGAUAGAAGCACUGCUCAAACUAGAGUUCAAAUUCAAGUUGUUUCCAUAUUAGAAUCCCAGCUACUGAAAGAGAGACAACGAAUGAUAGCAAUGACUAAACAUUUACAAGUAUCCCCGGUAAAACUUUUUAGGUGUUUUACACUUUAA